AUGGAGCAGGACUUAAGCAAGCUGGAUGUGACACAACUGCAUCCACUCUCGCCUGAGGUUAUUUCUCGUCAGGCUACAAUUAACAUUGGUACCAUUGGUCAUGUGGCUCAUGGGAAGUCAACAGUGGUAAAAGCCAUAUCUGGAGUCCAGACUGUUCGUUUUAAAAAUGAGCUGGAACGUAAUAUUACCAUCAAGCUAGGAUAUGCCAACGCAAAGAUAUACAAGUGUGAAGAUGAUCGAUGCCCUCGACCUAUGUGCUACAAGGCAUAUGGAAGUGGAAAAGAAGAUGGUCCAAUGUGUGAUGUGCCUGGGUUUGAAAACUCUAGGAUGAAAUUGCUUAGACAUGUCUCUUUUGUUGAUUGCCCGGGUCAUGAUAUUCUCAUGGCUACAAUGCUUAAUGGAGCGGCAAUUAUGGAUGGGGCUUUGCUACUCAUAGCUGCCAAUGAGAGCUGUCCCCAACCUCAGACUUCAGAGCAUUUAGCAGCUGUUGAAAUUAUGCGCCUUCAACAUAUAAUCAUUCUUCAGAAUAAAGUUGAUCUAGUUCAGGAAAAUGUUGCAAUCAACCAGCAUGAAGCCAUUCAGAAAUUUAUUCAGGGAACUGUUGCAGAUGGUGCACCAGUGGUACCAAUCUCUGCACAGCUCAAGUAUAAUAUUGAUGUUGUAUGUGAAUAUAUAGUGAAAAAAAUCCCCAUUCCAGAGAGGAACUUCAUUUCACCACCAAAUAUGAUUGUCAUCCGAUCUUUUGACGUCAAUAAGCCUGGGUUUGAAGUUGAUGAAAUUAGAGGCGGGGUUGCUGGUGGUAGUAUUCUGAAGGGUGUUUUGAAGGUGAAUCAAUUUAUUGAGGUUCGUCCUGGUAUUGUCGUUAAGGACGAAAAUGGAAACAUCAAAUGCACCCCAAUAUAUUCUAGAAUAGUUUCAUUGUAUGCGGAGCAAAAUGAAUUGCAAUUUGCUGUGCCUGGAGGCCUCAUUGGGGUCGGAACCACCAUGGACCCUACACUUACACGCGCUGAUAGGUUGGUGGGACAGGUUCUUGGAGAGGUUGGUUCACUUCCUGAGGUGUUUGUUGAGCUGGAGGUUAAUUUCUUUUUGCUGAGACGGCUGUUGGGUGUGAGGACAAGGGACUCUGAGAGACAGGGUAAGGUCUCAAAGCUGGUUAAGGGAGAGAUUCUUAUGUUGAACAUAGGAUCUAUGUCAACAGGCGCUCGAGUCAUUGCCGUCAAGAAUGUUUUUGCAAAACUGCAACUCACAUCUCCUGUAUGCACCAGCAAAGGAGAGAAAAUUGCUCUCAGCCGAAGAAUCGAAAAGCACUGGCGUCUGAUUGGUUGGGGCCAGAUUCAAGCUGGUAUUACUCUUGAAGUCCCACCUUCUCCAUUUUGA